AUGUUUGACCCACCCAGCUCUACUCUGCUCACACCCAGUUCGAAUAUCUCUUCCAGCCAGCAGUACUCCGUUGAAUACUUAUCACAACUGCUCAAGGACAAAAAGCAACUCUCAGCGUUUCCAAAUGUAUUUCAUCACCUAGAACGACUCGCAGAUGAAGAAAUCAGUAAGGUGCGUGUGGCGUUGUUCCAAUUCGAGUUUACGAAGGAAGAGAUGAGCCUUCCAGAUCCCGAAGGAGAUGUGCAAGUCACUACAGAGAAAGUCUUUGUUCCAGCAAAAGAACAUCCAGAUUACAAUUUCGUCGGACGGAUAUUGGGACCACGAGGAAUGACAGCGAAACAGCUUGAGCAGGAGACGGGUUGUAAAAUAAUGGUGCGGGGACGAGGAUCGAUGCGAGAUAAGAAAAAAGAAGAACUCAAUCGUGGAAAACCGAAUUGGGAACAUCUGUCUGAAGAUCUGCACGUCUUGAUCCAAUGUGAGGACACUCCCAAUCGAUCGCGAAUCAAACUCGCCCGAGCAGUUGAUGAGGUCAAGAAACUUCUUGUGCCUGCUCCUGAAGGCGAGGAUGAGCUCAAACGGAAACAGCUUAUGGAAUUGGCCAUUAUUAACGGCACCUAUCGUUCAGCAACUGAGCAAGCUGCUGCUGCCGCUGCUGCCGUUCAGCUCAAACAACCGCUAGCCGCUGCUCUUCCACUUUCUGCACAAGCUCGAAGUGUGCUGCCAAUGCUUGCAGCGAACAAUCCAGCUUUGGCUCGAUCUCCAACGAUGGCAAUGGCUGGGGCCCCAAUCGUAAUGAGUCCUGGCCGAGGAGCUGCUGCUCAGCAGAAUCAGAUGCUCGGGCUGCAAUCGCAGCUGGGAGCAGCUGCUGUCGCCGUCAGCAACAACGCUGCGGCAGUUGCGGCUCAACAGGCCGCCAUUUUGCAACAACAACAACAGCAAGCUGCUGAAUACCAGCAACUACUGCUCAGGUAA